GAAUUAUUUCAAUACAGAAUUGAGGCCGAUGACAAAAGAAGCUGGGGAGGGAUAUGGGAAGCACCACCUGACUACACAUUCCUAGCUACCAGCGACGAACAAACCAACGUGAGAAUUGUAAAGAAGUUUGACUCUUGGGAUGAGAAGAGCAACUUAGGAAAGCGCAUGCCCAGACUGGGAUUAUCUAGCGAUCUGUUAUUAACCAGUGCAUCAACUGUGGAUGAACCUUCAGGGUCCUUGGUGUAUAACAGUAGCGCCAGCUCCGCCUCGUAUCUACAGCAAGAGAAGCCAAACCCGCGUGUCGUGAGAUACUGGAUGAGAGAAGGAGCGAGGUAAAUUCUGCAUGCUAUAAAUGUUUGUUAAAGUUCUUCUCAGGAUUUAUUGGCAAAUUUUUUUGGUGAUUUUUUUUUUUUAAGACAGGCGUAUGAUGUAACGGCUGUAAAUGGUGGAAACUGGUAAAAGCUAUUUCAGGUGUUGAGCGUUACCCUCGUGUAUUAUUAAUAGUGUUUCAAGCAAUGUCUGUUUUGCAAGAAUAGUCAGCCAACUUCAUUAAGGUUAUUUCAUGAUUAACAUGCAUGCUGAUUGCAGUAAUAUUUAGGGACAAAUUGUCCACACUAAUGGGAACCAGUGCAACUUGGCUGUCUGCUAGAACAGUAGAUCAUACCGAAUUUUACUUUACAGAAACUGUUUGUAUAACUUUUACUUUUGCACUCUUAUUAGGCUGUCUUGCAAUGACCACAAAAUACAUGGAGUGAGAGCUGGUAUCAAGUACGAAGAGGAUAGUUUCCAGCUGAUUAAAGUCAGUGAUACCCAGUAUCUCCCGGUUUACUGCGAUAUGACAACAGCUAAAGGAGCUUUCACUCUUAUUGUGACGAGUGCUCACAACAAUUGGACCCGGGAACAGGUCCCUCGCAGGUAACAUAACAAGGGUGAAGUUUUUUUAGGCUCACGAAAAAAGUACUAAAUAUAUUUUCACCGAAAUUGCACACACACCGGUACCUUGGAAAAAAAAAAUUGAUCAAUGUCUCGAGAUGUAUUCUAUUUUUUUUUGUUUUCUUUUUGUUUGGGUGGUUGUAUUUUUUUUGCUUGAUAAAACAGUUGUUGUUUUUUUGUAAAAUUACGUAGAUCUGUUUCAUGUUUCAUCGCUUCAGUAAAGAAACAAGCUUAUUACAUUCCAUAUUUUAUUAUCCUUGGUUUGUCCAUAGUUGAAGGACAGUCCACGUCUUUUAAACAGUAUGAGUCUCUUUCCUUGAUAUUUUCAGAAAUGAACUACAUCCAGGGUUGAACCGAGACUACUCAAUUUUAGACUUAGCAGAUGGUAUUAAAGACCUCAGUAGUAAUGGAACAUUCCAGUACAUGUUGGACGCUAAUACUCGGCGUCAUUGGGGAGGGAUUUUUCAAGCUCCUACUUCCUACAGGUUGGAUAUUGACAAAGAUGUUUGAAAUUAUCUAUAAUGACGCUUCACGUGAGUAAUUUUCACGUGAGUAAUUUUCAGUACAUAUAUUGCUCAAAAAUAUGUUCAUGUGAAGCUUAGGGAGCGAUGAUGCAAACUAUCUGUCCUCCGGUCAGCCAUUCACAGAUGGCAAACUUUCGUGGUUGUGUAAAAUGGUAAAUCAUCAUGUAAGGAAAGGAGCCAGGCACUAAAAUAGAUAUUUAGGUUUAUCUGCUUUCGUAUUCGGUUUUAACACUUCAAAAUUUCAACAAUUAACUUCAGUCCACUCCAUUUAAAGAAUUUUUUAUCCGCUGGAAUUCUUUGACUUUCAAUAACACCAUUGCUCCCUAACAAAUCGUUCAGAGAAAUUGUUUCUGAAGGCUUCAUAAAAGAACUCUGGACAAAAUAUCUGAAAAAAUUAUCAGGGAUUUCAUCAAAAUACGCAUCGUAAUUUUGGGACUUAAACAAAACAUCUGCUGCAGGUCAAAUUAACUUAAUGUGUACUACAUCUCAAUUCAAUUUGUAUCUUGAAAUCAUAAUCAGGAAAAAAUCAUCUUAAAUUAGUUAUUUCGAGUCUUUUAAUUACCAGCUUCAUAGCGGCUGAAAAUACGCAAACAGGCUAGGAGUAAAAGUGAUAAGAAAGUUUAACGAUUGGGAAUUUUAUUGGAGAAACGCCAUAGAUCAGAGAAUGCCGUGGUUUGACGCCAAAGGAACUUAUAAAAAAGCCUUGCUGACUACAUCCAGUAGUCCUACCUAUUACCCUGCGGGUUCUAUCAUUUGGGGGCGGCACAAACCGACACCCAGCAGGUGAUCUCUGUAUUCACAUACUCGACCAUUCACUCACGUGCGUGUAUGCGCACUAACGCUUGAACGCAGGCACGCACGCACACAUUCACCCACCCGCCCGCCCGCUCGCUCGCUCGCUCAUUCACUCACUCGCUAACUAGUUCAAUUCUUCUGUGCUUUUUUUAAGCUUCAUGGCCUCGGAUAAUACACAAACCAAGGUCAAUUUAACGAGGAAAUUUGACGAUUGGAAGUUUUCCUGGUGGAAUUCGUUAAACAAGAGAAUGCCGUGGUUUGACGUCAAGGGAACUGAGAACAAGGCUCUGCUGACCACAUCCAGUAGCACGACCUAUUACCCUUCGGGUUCGAUUAUUUGGGGGGGCCUGGACCGGUAUCCGUCCGAUUGGAUUUCGGCUAAGGGAAUGCGAAAUCCUGGGGUGAUCUGGUACUGGUUAAACGAGGACGACUGUGACAAGGAUAGAAAACCAGGUAGCAAAUUUAUUUAUUUAGCAGCUAGCAAUUUGGGACACAAAUUCUCUAAAAUAAUGAAAAUUGUCAUUUAAUACUUGCGGAAAAAUUUGAGCUUGAUCACAGGAUUUCAUUCAACGUUUAACUUAGACGUUAACUAAGCUUUUAACUAAUGUUAUUUUGAAAGUGUGCAUCGUAAUCUUUACCAAUCUCGAUGUUUCAUAGUUGAUGGCGGAUUAACUGAGUGGGAAAAAUGGAAGAGAUGCGACAAGUUGUGUCAGAAGCAAAGAAGGUUCAGAACAUGCACAAACCCCAGUCCGCAAUGUGGAGGAAAGCGAUGUGAUCCUCUUAUCGCUACCAAGGAGGAAAGGAAAUGCAUACAUUGUCCUGGUAUAGUAGUAUGAAUGAACUUUAUUUCAAAUGAUUCUUACUCUGGCGUCAAUGGGAAGUGACCUUGACACAGAAAUUUGAAAAAAAAAAAAAAAAAAAAAAAAAAAAGAAGAGCGGUAGAGUAAGGCAUCCAUGUUCGUAUCACUGUUACCUAAUUAUUACCACUAUCACUUUCAUGUUGGCUGUACACUAAAAAAAAAAUUAAACCAACUUAUUUCUUGGGUAGAAAGAAAUUCUUCCUUCCAAACACGAUCAAAUACCCUUAACUUCCCAUGCCCCACCCCUCCCUCCCUCCGUCUUCGCCUUAAGGCCUCCCCUCACAGUCUACGUACUUUAAAACCAACCUUAAACUGUUGGAAAAUAAUUAGUCGAUAAAUUGUGGAUAAUUUUCACGAACUGACAUGCAGUAAAAAAACUAUUAUUUAUAAUUGAUUUUAGAAAGUGGAAUUCGAAUGUACUAUAAUUACUGUGUGGCCCCAAAUAAAGGAGGCUGUUCUCCUCCUGAUGGCGCUUACCUCAUUGCAACCAAAAAAGAAGGCACUUCAUGUAAUGCGAUUGAUCAGAUUUUCAUUCUGGACGAGGACGGAGUUAUCCAUCACAAGUGCAGCAAGAAAGUCAUCUGUCCUGAGGGUGAUUAUUUGCUUUCAAUAUUCUGUCACUGUUUUUCUCUACCUUUUUUAAUUCAAGUUUUGCAUUUUUCUAUCGCCCGUCAAUGCGACUGAUCCUAUGAUUUGAUGAACGUGACACUGAGCGAUGCUAUUCAUUUCACUUCUAUCAGUUAGGAUGGGAAAUUGCUUGACAUCGAAUGCACUUUGUGAUAAAGGACACGGGAGAUAUCCUAAAAGUCUGGAAACCCUUUAAAACAAAUUCACGAGCUCUUCAUUCUAUUGUAUUGGUAUAGCCUGCAACGGCGUGGGAAAUCCUCCUCGGUUUUGUCUGACUUGGUGAUUUUAUACCAUAACUAUGACAGACAGACCAGUAUUUAUGCCAUUUCAGUAUUUUAGAAAUUCAAAAUUUUUAUAAACUGUUUGUCAUGAAAUAAAAUUUGAAGGGACGGUGCGACGCAAAUCUCGAAUCACUUUGCAUAACCUCAUCGACCAAUCAGGAAAUAGGUAUUCCGUUGAGUACCUCAUCCACGUCUUUAUCAUCAUCGUUAUUAUUUUAAUCAUUUUCAUUUUAAAGGAACGAUUAGACCAGUAAUGAAUAGCCUAUUCUUUGUUCUCUGCAGGCAAUAACCCUACUUAUGGCAGAAAACUUAUGUUGAAGGACAAAUGUGAUCUGGACAUUUCCAAGCACGAGAGGUGUGUUCAGUAACCUUUUUUGGGUCCAUUUCAUAAAAUACACUCUGCCCGGCAGACUAGGCCUUUAUACGUCAGUUUUUUGUAGCCAUCUCGGCCCAUCAUCUUCAGCCUUUCUCGUUUUAGAUAUAUAAAAAUAAAUAAAUAAAGUUCAAACAUUUUGAGGGGUGAAGAGACGAACAAACAUCAGCAUUAAAUCGAUAACUUCUUUAGUGUACCAAGUAAAAAAUUAUGUCAAGUCACGAGUCAUUUGGUAGCUAUCAGCCUCUACUGCAGUCAAUAUAAAAGGAGUACAUCCAUCCCUAGGAAAUUCACUUCUUAUUUUUACUUUCGUUCACUUGGUUUUUUUUCAUUCUUUAUUAUAAAAAUAACGAAUUUCCCCCAUUACUUCUCAAUCUUUUUGUAACAAAUAGCCAAAUUCACUGUUAUGGUACAUUAACAGCCAGUAAUUAUCGAAUGUACUUGUGUCGCACACUUAUCAAGUAAUUUAAAAUUCUCUAUUAAGUGCCAAAAAUUUGAAACCCUCCUCCUGUUUCAGUCUCGUUCGUCAAAUCUUCUUCGCUUUAAGAAGAAAAUGAAAGAGGGCUUUACUUAAAUAAUCACUGAAUUAGCCAAGCCGCACAUUCGCACAUUCUUAUCUAAAUACGUUAUUGUAAGUGAGGUGGCCUCUCCCAUAAGGCCGAUGGUUUCCUGGGUCUCCUCGCCUUCUAUGAAUUAUAAUGCUAAAUUUUCUGUAUUGUUUAUAUGGGAAAUAAAAUGAUGAGUUUUCAAUAUUUUGCAUUAACUUUGAUUUCAGGGUGUCGCCCAAUAAUGCAAUGAAGAAUUUGAAAAACGACUUUUGCAUUCAUCCCAAAGGUGGUUGGCCAAAGGAAGGUGUCUACCUCGUUUACUACAAGGGAUGUGGUGGCGAUCGGUUGAGGUUCAACUUCUUUGAUCUCGGUGAGAAGAUUUAUCAUAUUAAAGCGAUUUUUUGUGCAUUAAAAUAUAAUUAUUGUGACAUAAACUUAGGGGUGUAAAUCGGAUUUCUAUGGGACGGGUGAGUCACGACCUUUAGUGAAGUCGACCAGGGGGCUUAGAGUGGAGCUCGCAGAGCGUAGCCCCAUAAUUAUACAAAAUGGUAGUAGUAACCCAUCAAGCCGAAAAAAUUUGGACUUACGUCCCUACGACCGUGCGACCGACCGUUCAAGGUGCUACUUUUAACAUGCGUGGUCAGCUGUACCGAGGGCACGCCAACGCCACGGCUUUUUCCGGUAGUCCAGUGGUCAGUGGUUUGGGCUCCGAGUCGGACGACCCAGGUUCUAGUCCUGGCCGGGGCAAGGCGUUGUGCCCUUGGGACGUGCGGGAACAAAAAUGCGAGCUCCGCUUUUAGGCUUGGUUAAAUCUAUAUAUUAUAUGAAGAGGCGGAAGCCCUAAAUUAGGAGGCGCAGGAGCAUGAGGGUCUCAAAGAGGUGAUGAAUUUCACGGCUAACGGCUGAAAUUUUGGCCAUUUAUCCGCUGAUGAUUAAUUUCUUUUCGUCUAAGUUAACAGAAAAGUUUUACGCGUAACAUUUUUAUGACCGAAGAUUUAGUUUUUUUUUUACUUUUCCUUAAAAAAGUAUCCUAUAAAUGAAGGGGUGGGGGAAUAACCUGCGUUCAACGUGGAAGAAAUUAGGACAUUUGAAUAUGGUUUGCUGAAAAGGAAUAGUUGAAGUCCAGUGUUGCGACGGUUAUACGUUGGAUACCUGUUGUUGUCGUCUAAUCAUUUCAUUUAUUUUCAUGUUUGGUUUCAGAUUCUUCAAUCGCUUGAUGCUGGGAGAAAGACAGCAAAACGCCUCCGCUUGGUGAUGGGAUUAGUUGAUAAAAAACAUCGAAGGCGA